CCUCGACUCGUGACCAGCGAGCCGUCGACAGACAUACAUCUAGUCCCACCCUAUCUGACGUCCUUCAAUUCUUCUCUCACAGUUUCUGUAUUGUAUGGACAUGGCCUUCCCUGAACAAUCCGACGAUGUGACAGAGACUCAGAGAAAGAAAUGUCGACUAUUGGAAAUAGUGCAAUAUACAUGUGAACCAGAAGAGCUUCCUAGUGGAGAAGUUCAGCCUCGAUGCUUCCCUAUCCCUCGUAUCUUUAGGAUAUGUCCUAACCGUCCUGCCGUGGAAAUCACGAAACUUAUCAAGAUCGACCUCAAGACAGGAGAGAUUGAAAUGCCGGAAGAGUCUAGUGUCCUUCUUCCCAAGGGUAAACACUGGCGAGAUAUACGUCGAUACGACCCUGAAGCCGUAGCUGGAUCGAGUGGUUGAUCAAUUUCAGGCUUCUAAAACCAGGCAAGACCUAACCCAUGGGGUUUUUUACAAGGUCCCACCCCCAUGGUCCCCCCAAGACUCACCUUUGCGAUUCAUUUCUGGCACAUGUCGCUGAGUGCUUAGUCCUUC